AUGGUAAAAAUGUUCUCUUUUAUGGUUGUCUUUCUGGUCCUGAAGCUCUUUUUGGUUUUCUGUAGUUCGACUGACACCCGUUGUUUUUGGAGAUUAAAAACCAAGAACUAUUGGGAUGGAGAUAAAGAUAUUGAUUGUUUUUUUUUAAUUUACACCAAGUUUGGUCAUGUAAAGAAUGAACAGUUCAGUGGGAAUCUAGACAAGCGGUUGACAACUAAGAAUAUCCACUUGAUUUUGACUCUUUAUUUUGCCCUUGAAGAAAUAAACAUGAACCCUCAUAUUCUACCCAAUAUUUCACUGCUAGUCAAAAUUCAAUGUAGUCUGCUGAAUGAUUGGAGAAUAAACAGUUUAUAUUCUAAAAGAGACGAAUAUCUUCCUAACUACUACUGCAUAAAUCAGAGAAGAUAUUUAAUUGUACUUACAGGUCCAAUGUGGUUACCAUCUGUCAUACUUGGACCACUCCUGUACAUAUCUAAGAGUCCAGAGCUUUACUAUGGACCAUUUCACCCUCUCUUGAACAGCCAAGAACUGUUUCCAUACCUCUACCAGAUGGCUCCUAAGGACACAUCUCUGGCACUGGCCAUGGUAUCUUUGGUCGUCCAUUUAAGAUGGAACUGGGUGGGAGCAAUUGUUUCAGAUGAUGACCUAGGAUAUCAAUUUAUCAUGGAAUUGAGAAGAGAAAUGCAAAUGAACAGUGUGUGUUUAGCCUUUGUGAGUAUUAUCAGUAACGAUGAAAAGUUAUUCCUGAAAAGUACAAAUAUCUAUUACAACCAGAUAAUGAUGUCAUCAGCAAAAGUUGUUAUAAUUUAUGGAGACAAAGACUCUCAUCUACAGCUGAACUUUAGACUAUGGAAUUUAAUAAACAUCCAAAGAAUCUGGGUUACUACCUCACAGUGGGAUAUGAUCAUAAAUAAUGGAAAAUUCCUCCUUACUUCCUUCUAUGGGACUCUCACUUUUUCACAUCACUAUUCUGAAUUAUCUGGUUUAAAAACAUUUAUCCAGACAGCACACCCGUCCAACUACAGUAAUGAAAUUUCCCUUGCUAGAUUAUGGUGGAUGUAUUUUAAUUGUUCUUUGUCAUCAUCUAAUUGUAAGAAUUUGCAUACUUGUUCAAACAAAAAUAUAUUAAAAUGGUUAUUCAAGCACCAUUUUGAAAUGUCUUUGAGUGGUACUAGUUAUGACCUAUAUAAUUCUGUAUAUGCUGUGGCUCAUGCACUCCAAAAGAUGCUUCUGCAACAAGCAGAUUCAUGGCAAAUGGAUGAUGGAAAAGAACUGGAAUUUGACACUUGGCAGAUGGUCUCUUUCCUGAAAAAUACCCAAUUUGUAAACCCCACUGGAGAAAAAGUGAACCUGAAUCAUGAAGAGCUGGAUAUGGAAUAUGACAUUCACCACACUAUGGAUUUUUUGCCAAAUCUUGGACUUAAGGUGAAAAUAGGAACGUUUUCCAAAAAUCUGCCACAUAGUCGACAAUUGCAUAUAUUGAAAGACAUGCUAGAGUGGAACACAGACCAUCGACAGUCUCCAACCUCAAUUUGCAGUAUUCCUUGCAGUCCAGGAUUCAGAAAAUCCCCUCAGCAGGGAAAGCCUGUGUGCUGUUUUGAUUGUAUACCCUGCCCCGAGAAUGAAAUCUCCAACAUGACAAACAUGAAUCAAUGUAUCAAGUGUCUAGAUGAGCAGUAUGCCAAUCCUGGAGGAACUUACUGUCUUAAAAAAGUUAUUGCAUUCCUGGGUUAUGAAGACUCUUUGGGAAUGUCUCUGGCCAUUUUAGCUCUGUGCUUCGCUGCUCUCACAGCUCUUGUACUUGUUAUCUUUUUGAAGCACCAAGAAACACCUACUGUCAAGGCCAAUAACCGAACUCUCAGCUAUGUUCUACUCACCUCCCUCAUCUCUUGUUUUCUCUGUUCCUUGCUCUUCAUUGGCUAUCCCAACAUUGCCACAUGCAUUCUGCAGCAGAUCACAUUUGCUGUUGUGUUCACUGUGGCUGCUUCUACUGUUUUGGCUAAGACAAUUAUUGUAGUACUGGCCUUCAAGGUUACUAAUACAAGUAGAAAGAUGAGGUGGCUGCUGGUAUCAGGGGCACCUAAGUUCAUUAUCCCAAUUUGUACAAUGAUUCAACUGAUUCUCUGUGGAAUAUGGUUGGGUACUUCUCCUCCAUUUGUUGAUGCUGAUGGAAAUGUUGAAAAGGGCCACAUUUUGAUUAUCUGUAACAAAGGUUCAAUUCUUGCCUUCUAUGGUGUCCUGGGUUACUUAGGCUCCAUUGCCACUGGAAGUUUCAUUCUUGCAUUCUUGGCCAGGAAUCUGCCUGACACAUUCAAUGAAGCCAAGUUCCUGACAUUCAGCAUGCUAGUAUUUUGCAGUGUCUGGGUCACCUUUCUUCCUGUCUAUCACAGCACCAAGGGCAAGUCUAUGGUGGCUGUGGAAGUUUUCUGUAUAUUGGCUUCUAGUGCAGGGCUGCUUUUCUGCAUCUUUGCACCGAAGUGCUUCACUAUUUUGUUACGGCCUGAGAAAAAUUCUUUUCAAAAGUUUCGGAAUAUGCACUCUAAAAUUGAAAACAUUCAUUAA